CUCACACCUAUUCACUUUUCAUAUUUUCACAAAAAUUAUUUAUAAUCGGACACCUGUUUUUUUUUCGCGUGUAGAUACUAAUAAAUUGUAUUGCAAAAAAUAUUGUUCUCUGUUUUACCUUGGUUGUGCUUGGUUCCGAUGGCAUCCGUCUCGUAGCGCUACUUUCUUACGCGAUUGAUUUUCUUCAAUCGGAAAGCAUCCAUUUCUACGUUUAUAUUAGAUAACUCGUGGUUCGGACUAGACGGACGAUUGUCCUCGGCGAAUUUGAUCGUCUCUACUGGUCCUUAUUCGGCGACCCAUUUCAACACAUUCGAGAUGGGUUUUGGAGAAUAUCCGGCGGAAUAUAACCCGUCUGUGCACGGUACCUAUGAUCCUGCACGAUACUAUGGAAAACCUGAUACCCCAUUUAGUCAGGUAAAACUUGGUGAUCUCGGCGCCUGGUUCUCACGUCGCAAGAAGUCUCCUCAGGCCACCGCUGCACUUAUUUCACGAGCUUUCUGGCGUUGGCAACAUAAGUACAUCCAGCCUAAGCGAUCUGGGAUUGCUGGAUUUUUUCAUAUAACUUUUGCUGCAAUGGCAUUCUUUUAUACCAUCAAUUAUAAAAAGAUCAAGGCACACCGAAACUACAAGUACCACUAAACGAUGUUGUUUCCUGGCAGAAGAAAUAGAUUGUAGCCAUUCAUUUAAAUGUAUUCUGCCAUUUUCUCUCGUUAAAUAAAUACCACUGAAGAUAGUACACAGUU